CUCAGACGGAUCAGCUGUCUCGCUCCCCGCGGAGAGACUCGAGCCCCGAGCUCUGAAUCUAAGAAACUCUCCGAAAUGAUGUUAGGAGUCGCCGUCCCAGGGCGGAACACCUUUUCAACUUAAUGGUGCAAAAGCCAUACCCGUAGAUGUCUUCUCAUAGCGGAAUGAAAUGUGGUAUGAUGCUUCGAUCCUCCUGAUGAAGAACUAAGACUUACAAGCAAAAGAAGGGAAACAUGGGAGCGUUGUUGUUUCCCUCGAUUGCCAUGUUCGUGGCCGUCCACGUGAUCCACUGCCAAGCGGUUUGCAGCAGACAAGCCUCAGUUGAAUGGCGCCUUCAAAAACACACAGUCCAAAUGAACUGGACUCUCGUAGGAAACAUCUGCAGGAGCGUUUCAGAGUGUUGGGAUCCUCCCGGGGCAGGCGAGUCGAGCGAGCGUCCUUUCAACUUCCCACAGAUAUGCCCACUGCAGCUGCAGCAUGGAGACAAACUGCUGAUGUCUGCUGAUGAAACGCUCAAGUCGUAUGGCGUCAGGCUCCUCAACGUGUCAGAAGGCAACUUUGAAAGCUGCUCCGCAAACAGGCCGAUAACAGAUCAGUUCCUUUUCCCCCACGAUAUGAAUGAAAGCGAGCAUGUUGAGGCCAAGUGGCUCGCUCCGGGUCACCAUUACUUCAUCGCGGUGCACGGAGACGACCCGCAGCUGUGCAAGUUCGGUCUGAGGCUCAACGUGUCCGUCAGAGCGCAACUCUGCCAGGGGUCUCCCCUGCUUCGACUUUGUUCAGGGAAUGGUGUUUGUCAAGCGGGUCUCUGGGAGGGAGCAUACCACUGUCAGUGCCAUCACCACUACUCCGGGAGGUUUUGUGAAAAAUUUGACGCGUGUUUGGAUAACCCCUGUGAAAACAAAGGAGUCUGUCUGAGCAACGGGUCCACGGAUCCGGACUACAGAACAUAUAAAUGCCUCUGUCCUCCACAUUUUACAGGGGUCAACUGCUCUGAAGUUGUGGGGAAAGCGAACUGCGACAGCAUUUGCGAAAAUGGGACAUGCGUUCAGACGGCCCCCACCACCUUCAAAUGCAUCUGUGACACUGGAUUCUCUGGCCCACCUUGCGAGAGGAGGAAAGCCCCGUGUGACCCUAAUCCAUGCAGAAACGGAGGCGCAUGUGAAGAGAGCCUCGGAGGAUUUGUCUGUCAUUGUCCGGACGGAUUCAGGGGCCUCUACUGCGACUCCAGAGUCGACUCCGACUGCAUGUCAUAUUCAUGUCAGGAGGAACAAAUCUGCGCCGCGGGAGAGCAUGCCUCUAAAUGUGUCUGCGCAGAUGGUAGUGUGGUCCCAGCGUGCAGGAAGCAACAGAGCCUGUGCAGCCCAUCACCAUGUCUGAACAAUGCCACCUGUGUGUCCCGGAGAAAUGAUUACGUCUGCAGAUGUCUGAGUGGGUUUUCUGGGAAGAAUUGUGAAGAAAUAAUUGACUACUGCAGACUGCUCAAUAUCAACUGCCUAAAUGAGGGAUUGUGCUUGAGUGUAAUUGGCGGAUAUCAGUGUGUUUGUGCCCCAGGUUGGAUUGGAGAGUUUUGUCAGUAUGUGGGUGACGCCUGCCUGAUAAAACCAAACAGCUGUUUGAAUGGAGCCACAUGCAUUACAACGAGUCAGCCAUCAUCUCCCCCACAAUACACCUGCAGAUGUCCCCUUGGCUUCAUCGGAACAAAGUGUGAGACUGAGAUCAACGAGUGUGACUCCGGCCCCUGUCAGCACAACGGCACAUGCUCUGACUUGCUGGGAGACUACCACUGCCAGUGCCCCGCAGGUUUUCGGGGAAAGAACUGCGAAGUCGACAUCGAUGCCUGCGCACUCCCCGGCAACGCAUGUCCGCCCAAAACGCAGUGUUUGGAUCUCCCCGAUGGCCUCGAAUACACGUGCCGUUUACCUUGUCCUCAAAACCUUCAACCGUGCGCGAACGGAGGACGCUGCGUGUUGAACAACGCCAGCAGCUACGCAUGCGUCUGCGCACCCGGUUGGUCUGGCCAGAACUGCCGUGUAAAUGUCAAUGAAUGUUUUCGCCACUGGUGUCAAAAUGGAGCCACUUGUGUGGAUGAGAUUGAUGGUUACAGCUGCCUUUGUCCCACAGGAUACACUGGCGUCUACUGUGAAGAUGACAUUGAUUACUGUGUUGGCCAUAGCUGCUCGGAACAUGGUGUUUGCGUGGACCAGCGGCGUAACUUCACCUGCCGCUGCACGCUCGGAUUUGAAGGGCCGCUCUGCGAAGUGGAAACAAAUGAGUGCAACAGCUUCCCCUGCUCAAGUGGUGCCACCUGCGUGGACCUAAUCAGUGAUUAUCGGUGCCACUGUCCCCCGGGAUUUCAGGGAAGGACCUGCUCUGAGAAUGUAAAUGAUUGUUGGUCCCAGCCUUGUCUGAAUGGAGGCUAUUGUAUGGAUCUGAUAAAUGACUACAUUUGUCACUGUCCUCUUGGUUUCAAGGGGAAGGACUGCUCUGUGGACAUUGACCUUUGCUCGUUUGGAAUGUGCAGCGAACAUACGUUAAUAUGCACGGAGACCAAGGAUGGACAGAACGUCUCCUGCACGUGUGCAAGAGGAUUCGGGGGGCCGUUCUGCGAAGUAAACCUCGACGAGUGCGAGUCAAAGCCGUGUCAGAACGGUGGCAUCUGCGUGGACGGCAUUGACCUGUAUCAGUGCCUGUGCUCAGAGGGGUUUGGUGGGUUGAACUGUGAAAUCAACUAUGAUGAAUGUGUCCAUGGAUACUGCGCCAAUAAUUCCACAUGUAUUGACUUGGUUGCCGACUAUGAGUGCGUCUGUCCUCCGGGCUUUGCUGGAAAAAAUUGCUCCGUAUCCGUGUCCCCGUGCACCUCGGAUGUUGCAUUCUGCAAAAAUGGAGGAACCUGCAUCAACAAUUUAGCUGGAGAACCCCAGUGUAUUUGCCCUCCAGGAUACCGCGGCAAAGACUGCUCCUCGCCAGUGAGCCAAUGUGUGUCAAAUCCGUGCGACCCUGAGGGGACUCUCCUCUGUGAAGGGCUGGAAAAUACUUAUAGGUGUGUGUGCCACCACGGCUACACCGGGCCGCACUGCGAAACACCUAUAAACCGCUGCGUUGAUGGCCUGUGUCAACAUGGCUCAGUGUGUGUCGAUCAACCGGGAGGGUUCAAGUGCGAUUGUUUACCAGGUUUAACCGGCCGGUUUUGUGACAUGAACAUCGAUGGCUGUGAAAAAGAGCCGUGCGGAGUCCUGAGUAUUUGUAAAGACACUCUCAGCGGUUACAACUGCUUCUGCGCACCUGGAUUUAUUGGAAAUAACUGUGAGAUUGAAGUGAAUGAAUGUCUCAGCCAGCCUUGCCGGAAUGGGGGCUCCUGCGUAGAUGAGCUUGACUCAUUCAGCUGCCAGUGUCCUCCUGGGAUCACAGGCGACUACUGUGAAGUCAGCGUCGACGAGUGCGCGUCCUCCCCCUGCCUGCACAACGCCACAUGUAUUGACCUGGUUCAAGGCUACGGAUGUGUUUGUAAGCCCGGUUUCACAGGUGCAAAAUGUGAACUUGACAUUGAUGAGUGUGCUUCAUCUCCCUGCAAGAAUGGAGCCACUUGCAUUGACCAGCCUGGUAAUUACUUCUGCCAGUGUGUGGCUCCUUUUAAAGGUCAUAAUUGUGAGUUCUUACCCUGCGAGGCCAGUAAUCCCUGCGAGAACGGCGCCGUGUGUGUCGAGGAGUUGGAUCAGGACCAUUUCCCUUUGGGUUUCCGCUGUCACUGUCGCCGAGGCUUUGCUGGCCCCCGCUGUGAAAUCAAUGUGGAUGAGUGCAGCUCCAGCCCCUGUUUUCACGGCUUCUGCUACGAUGUUGUAGAUGGCUUUUACUGCCUUUGCAGUCCUGGUUACGCUGGUCCGAGAUGCGAUCAAGACAUCGAUGACUGCGCGAACAGUUUGUGCAGCAUCAACUCAGCAUGCAAAGACCUCCAUCUGAGUUACGAGUGCGUGUGCCAUCCGGGCUGGGAGGGGGAGUACUGCCAACGAGAAAUUGAUGAAUGUUUAUCGCAGCCCUGCAAAAACAACGCCACCUGCACAGACCUUCUCAACGGCUACAAGUGUUUGUGCUCACCAGGCUGGACAGGUGUGGACUGUGCAGAGGAUGUGCAUGAGUGUGAUUCCGGGCCCUGUCUAAAUGGAGCUCAGUGUCAGGAGUCAGACAUACCUGGCGAGUUCUCCUGCACCUGUCCCCCCUUCUUCAGCGGGCCCCUGUGCAACCAGGCUUACGACCCCUGUGACCCCCUUCAUAAUCCCUGCCUACACAACUCCACCUGCCUGACACGCUCCGAUGGAACAGCCUCCUGCAGAUGCCCAGCUGGAUUUGAAGGAAGUCGGUGUGAAAUUGACACCAAUGAGUGUGGUUCAAACCCAUGCCAGAACCAGGGCGACUGUGUGGACCAGGUCAACGGUUACAGCUGUGAUUGCAAGAUGGGAUUUUCAGGCCUUCACUGUGAAGAAGACAUCAAUGAGUGUGCGUCUAGUCCUUGCAACAAUGCAGGCAUUUGUCAGGACCUUGUGAACAAGUUCCACUGCAUUUGCCCCCCUGGUUAUUUUGGAACGCUGUGUGACCUGGAUGUGAAUGAGUGUGAAGUUUCACCUUGCCUACACGAGGGCAUCUGUAUCAACACGCCCGGGGGCUUUGAGUGUGUCUGUCGCCCUGGAUACUCAGGGCCGCUGUGUGAAGUUAACGUCAUCGAGUGUGCUUCGAACCCUUGCCAAAACAGUGGAAGAUGCAUUGAUGCGCCUAAUCAAUACCACUGCUUGUGUCCUGAUGGCUUCAUCGGGCUCCACUGCGAGACCAACAUUGAUGAAUGCAUGUCAGCACCUUGUCUCCGCGGGAGCUGUGAGGAUGGAAUACAUUCAUACACCUGCCUCUGUGAAUCUGGAUGGACUGGCAGCAGAUGUGAAACAAACAUUGAUGACUGCGCCUUCAGUCCGUGUUUGAAUGGGGGCUCGUGCGUGGAUCUCAUUGAUAAAUACGCGUGCUUCUGUCAGGAGGGUUACACGGGGAAAACCUGCGAGAGCGACGUGGACGUCUGCGCAGACGCCACCUCUAAUGUGUCACUGUGCUUCAAUGGAGCCACCUGCCUUGACGGUGAAGGAUCAAACUUUACAUGCAGCUGUCCACCAGGUUUCAUGGGGGGCUUCUGUGAAGUGGAUGUUAACGAAUGUUGCUCAGCUCCCUGCCACAACGGUGCCAUUUGCCAAGAUCUUAUUAAUAGCUACGUCUGUCAUUGCAGGUCAGGUUGGACAGGCCUUCACUGUGAGGAUGACAUUAAUGAGUGCCUUCCACAGCCGUGCAACCAGGGGAUAUGCAUUCAGAAUGAUCCAGGCUAUGGCUACACCUGUUUCUGUCGUCCUGGAUUUGUGGGGAGGAACUGCGAGCACAACUACGAUGAUUGCCUGCUGAAUCCAUGUCCAGAAGCAUUUUCCUGUGUAGAUGGCAUCAACAAGGUCAGCUGCCUGCCUCCCGUUACGGAGCCUGUUCCCUUGGCGACUGCAGUCGGGAACAUCACUCGCGGCUUCACACCCAGCCCGCUGACGCCAACACUCAGCCCCGCGCCGACCGCUGAGCCGUCCGCAGAUUCAAGCUUCCUUCAUUACUUCGGGAAUUCAUACCUGGAGUUUCAGGGUAUUGACCUCAGCGCACUCAACAACAUUACUGUGAGAUUUCAAACCACAGCGGCACAGGGAACAAUACUGUACGUGGACCAAGGACCCGCAAACGGUGACUUCUUUUUUAUGAAACUCUUCAUUCGGGAUGGAAUCUUACAGUAUGCGUUUUGCUGUAACGAAGACGACGAAGUCGCGCAGAUCAGUACUUCAGUUCACGUGGACAACGGCACGGUGCACAUUGUAAAUAUCAGGCAACGCAUGACGCCUUGCGAAGCAGAGCUAACUCUUUCAGGUCAUGAGAAAAUAAAAAGCACAGCUAGUAAUUACUGGCUGGGACACAUGAUACAAAGAACGAACCACAUCUUCACAGGCGGUUUGCCGCAACAAUAUCUUCUCAAUCAGAGAGCCAAACCAUUCCACAACUUUACUGGCUGCAUUGAGGUCAUUGAAAUUAAUAAACUUAGGAGCUUCCACGCUCCCGAUGCCAUCGCUGGUCGCAACAUAGACCAGUGCAGAUAUGCUUUGUAUGCAACGGAAGCCUCCACGAGAAGUUCCUCAAGUUUGACAACUCAAUCAGCUUCCCCUGACACAGUGAGCACGACAUCGCUGGGAGCUCCCACACCAGCGCCAAAGCAUCCCCUGCAAGAACUCCAAGUCUGCCGUGUUGGUCUUUGCCGCAACGGAGGAACAUGUCAAGAGCUGCAACUGCCUGGCGGAGAUCUGCCUUCUUGCCUCUGCCCACUUCAUUUUACUGGAACUUUUUGUGAGAAAGAUACCACAGUAUAUAUCCCCUCAUUCGAUGGCACAUCGUAUUUGGAGCUGCAGCCCCUCGCAGUCCUUCUCCAGCCUUCUGCUGACAGCAAUAAUCGACCUGCCGCCGUCAAGGACACCACUGUUUUUCUCUAUUUGACAGUGAAAACAAGAUCCGCACAGGGCACCAUCCUCUACACUCAGGAGCUGAACUUUGGGGAUCGCUUCCUUCACGUGUUCCUUCAAGACGGAAGUCCUGUCGCCAAACUUGGUUGCGGUGGCAGUCGUGUUUUGAGUGCAGUUGUCGGCCAGAGCAUCAAUAAUAACAGAUGGACAUCAUUAACAAUCCGAUACAAUCUGCCUGUUGGCAAACAAGGAGGGUCAUGCAUGAUUGAAAUAGCAGCAGAUAAUGGCACAGCUCGGCGUCUCGAGGAGUCCGUGUCGCCCCCCAUGUCAGAGGGAACCUUUGGGCCGAUAUUUCUUGGGGAUGUUUCAUCCCACUGGGAGAUGCGUGACAGGGGAGCAAAGGGAGAGAGGAGAUUCAUUGGCUGUAUCAGGGAACUUCAGGUCAACUCAAAGGAGAUUUACCUGGUGGGCGAGGCGCUGAGCGGGAGAAACAUCAAGAACUGUGACCCGCCUGUCUGCCAACACCUUCCCUGUCGCAACGGAGGAACCUGUGUCAGUGAUGCCGAGGACUGGUUCUGCGAUUGCCCCCCGCUAUACACCGGCCUGCUGUGCCAGCUCACCGCCUGCGAGCGCAGCCCCUGCAGUCAUGGAGCCACGUGCAUCCCGAAGUCGCCACUGGAGGCCGUUUGUCUCUGUCCCUUCGGAAGGCAAGGUCUGCUGUGCGACCAGCCCAUCAACAUAACCCGUCCCAGAUUCAGUGGGAGCGACGAGUUCGGCUACACCUCCUUCGUGGCUUACUCCUCCGUCCCCAGCCUCAGCUUCUUCUACGAGUUCAAGCUGAAGUUCACUCUCGCAAACCACUCAUCUGCCGUCAAAGACAAUCUGAUGCUGUUUGCCGGACACAAAGGACAAGGGGAUGACGGCGAUGACUUCCUCGUUUUGGGACUGCGGAGUGGGAGGGUUGUGCACAGAUUCAACCUCGGGUCGGGAGUGGCGACCAUCGUUAGCGAUCGACUCGACCGUCGGAUCGACAUCCACACUGUCACAUUUGGAAGGUCCAAGAGAACAGGGUGGCUGAAGGUUGACGGACAACGUAAUAGGACGGGACUGUCUCCAGGACCUCUGGUGGGCCUCAAUGUUUUCAACCAGCUCUUUGUUGGUGGAUAUAAUGAGUACACUCCUGAACUACUGCCACUUGGCUCCAGGUUCCGCCACGGCUUUCAGGGGUGCAUCUUUGAUUUGCAGUUUCGCACGAGAAGGGACAGAAAGUUCCAAGUCCCGGGGCAGCCCGCGGGCCACCCGGCCUUCGGGCGCAGCGUGGGUCAGUGCGGAGUCACCCCCUGCGCUCAUGUGCGCUGCAGCAACGGAGGGACGUGUGUGGACUCCGGCUCAUCCGUGUAUUGCCAGUGCCCAUUUGGAUGGAAGGGAGCGCUCUGUUCUGAGACCGUGUCUGUGUGUGAUGUGGAGCACAGCCCUCCUCCUCUGUGUGCCCACGGCUCCACCUGCAUCCCCCUGCCAAACGGAUACACCUGCUACUGCCCCCUGGGGACAGCGGGACUGCACUGCGAGAAAGCUGUGACCAUCACUGAUCCUUUCUUCACGGCCAACCAGUCCUCGUGGAUGUCAUUCCCACCCAUGAGUAUCAGGCACAGGACUGUUUUGCAGCUGCAGUUCCAGCCGUUGUCACCUGAUGGCAUCCUAGUCUACACUGCACAGCAUCUCGGUGCCAGAGCUGGAGACUUCUUCUGUCUAUCCUUGACCUCUGGGUACGUCCAGAUGAGAUACAAUCUAGGAGACGGCCCCCACGUCCUGCAGUCCGUUCAGAAGGUGGACUUGCGAGGCAGGACUUGGCACGCGGUGACGGCAGGCCGGACAGGUCACCGAGGCUACCUCAUCCUUGAUGGCAGGGAGGUCAGGGAGAAUGCGAGUGAAGGGAUGACCACCCUCGACGUCGCCACGGACAUCUUCGUCGGAGGAGUGUCCACGCUGAGCCUCGUCUCCACGGACGCGACCGAAGGGGAGCCGAUGAGCUUCACCGGUGGCCUGAGAGAGCUCAUACUCAACGGGCACGAGUUCGAGUUGACAGAGAUGGGAGCCGCGAGCGGGGCAAACGUAGGCGACUGGGACGGGACGGCCUGCGGGUACAAGGUGUGCCACAACGGCGGUCGCUGCAGGGCAGCAGGAAGCGACGCGUUCACGUGCGCGUGCCCGCCGCUGUGGACCGGCGCCGUGUGCAACCAGUCCGUCAGCUGCGUGAACCACAUCUGCAAGCACGGCUCCUCCUGCGCCCCAUCAGGCGCCGCCUCGUACCUCUGCAUCUGCCCCUUGGGAUGGGGAGGGACGUACUGCGACGAAGAAAUAUCCACAGACACUUUCAAGUUCGUCGGGAACUCUUACGUCAAGUACCAGGACCCGAGAUACAGCGUGAGAAACUUAAAAUACACACAGGUUUCUUUCAGCUUCCACGCGAGCGCCGGUGACGGUUUGAUCGUGUGGAUGGGACAGGCCGAACACGGAGACGACGACGACUACCUCGCGGUGGGACUUGAGAGGGGUCAUCUUAAAAUAGCCAUCAACCUCGGGGAAAGGCUUUCCCUCCCGUUAACUCUGAGGAGCCCCGCGCUCUGCUGCCACAAGUGGCACAAUGUUUCCGUGUCUCUCAACAGCACGGUUAUUAAGGUGUUCCUGAACAACAAGGCAGUCCUUGCUGAAGACGUGGACCCGUUCGAGCGAUACGUAGCCUUAAAUUACGGGGGGCGGUUUUAUUUUGGAGGGUUUGAAUUGCACAGGAAAGUAGCAGUUGUGACGUCCGGGCUGUUCUCAAAGGGGUUCGAGGGUAGUCUGCGAAACGUGUAUUUGUUUGGAGAUACGAAACCAUUACGGUUUCUUAAAAAUAGUGAGGGUUUUAAUAUUUUUGAUGGCAAUGAAAAUUCCCUGAAUAUCCCCCUUGUGACAUAAUGUCAGAGUUGAUUAGUUAUGUUUUAUGAUGCCUGACUAGAAACUAUCCAGUAGGUGAGGGUCAGUUUUUACUUGGGUGGGUUAGAUUUGUGUGUGCGGCCGUAGUUAUGUCAAAUGACCUUUAUUUUACCAAUGUACAGCUCCAUUUUCAUCAGAUUUUUAAUCCAUAAUAAUGCAAUUCAGCUGCCAACCACCUGAACUGGAUGAACUAUCUCAACUAAGUGAGGUCCAAUACAAACGGACAAAGUUCCCGUCCGUGUCAGGUUCCUGCGCAGACUCAUCCAUUUUUGUAAAUAACUUUACAGUCAACAUUUAUUGUAACAGCACCACAAGAUAAAACCUUUACAAAGGACUGUGAGACUUUUUUUCUUUUAUAAUCAACAAUAAAAAAAGAUUAGCUUUAUUACGAACUGUACAUAAACACACGGUGCAAAGGCACACUUUAUCUCUAAAGUAUAUUACAAGCCAAAAUGUACAUUAACGUUUGUAAAAUAUUUAUUUCAGAAAUUUAAAAAGAAAGAAUGAAAAAAAAAAAGCUGCUGUUUAGAUUUGUCCUUUGUUAAAUAAUUUCUGUGUUACAUUCAGGCCAAAUGUUGUGAACUUAAAUCUUUCACCAAAUGGUCCACAGCUGUGUUGUACUGUAUGUUACCACUUGUAGGAAGUACAGUAGCUCAAGUUAAAUACAAUAAAAGGUUAAAAAGGUGAAAA